AUGGCACUCGCCGAUCAUCCACUUGCUCCAGCUCCGAGCCCGUCAGUGAAUCAUCACAGAGCUGUUCCAACUCCAGCUCCGAGCCAGUCAGUCGGUCAUCACGGAACCGUUCCAACUCCAGCUCCAGGCCCAUCAGUCAAUCAUCAUGGAACUAUUCCAGCUUCUGCUGCAAGCCCAUCAGUCGAUCAUCAUGGAACUGUUCCAGCUCCAUCUCCGAGCCUAAAUGUUCUAGCUCCAUCUCCGAGCCCAUCCAUCAAUCACCACGGAAUUGUUCCAGCUCCGUCUCCGAGCCCGUCAGUCAAUCACCAUGGAGCUGUUCCAGCUCCAUCUCCAUCUCCAAGCCCUUCAAUCAGUCAUCACGGUAAUGUUUCAGCUCCAGCACCGAGCCCGUCAGUCGUUCAUCACAGAACUGUUCCAACUCCAGCUCCAAGCCCAUCGGUGGAUCAUCACGGACCCGGUCCAGCUCCAACACCACAAGGAGGGAUAUUUGAUGUUGAGGAUUAUGGAGCAGUUGGGGAUGGGAAAACCGACAGCACCACUGCAUUCUCAUCAGCAUGGGAGGAAGCGUGUUCCCACCCAGGGGAAUCAGCUGUCUUCAUACCGGCAGGGACAUUCUUCGUCGGUCACCUGAUACUCCAAGGUCCGUGCCACAAGGGCGAGUCCCCAAAGCUAUUUUGGAUGGACAAGGAGAGGAAACCUGGGGCGAAAUCUGUCGUAAACACAGCAGGUGCAACGGCAUUCCCUCGUUUCCACGGCUUUUUCGGACAGACAUUGAAGUUCAAUAAUGUGUCUGGUGGGACCAUCAACAACAUGGCGCUGCUGAACAGCAAAGGCUUCCAUAUUGGGUUAUAUAGGAGCAACAACAUCCAUGUCUAUAACGUCAACAUAACGGCUCCUGGAGAUAGCCCAAACACGGAUGGAAUUCAUGUGAGUCACUCCAAGAACAUCAGCAUAUCCUCCUCGAGGAUCGGAGUGGGGGACGACUGUGUCUCCAUUGGGCCAGGAAGCAACAAUAUAACAGUCACAGACAUCGAAUGCGGGCCUGGCCAUGGAAUUAGUGUGGGAAGUCUGGGGAAGAACGAUCAUGAGGAAAAUGUGGCGAUGAUAAAGAUAAGCAACUGCAAGAUCAGUGGGACGCAGAACGGGGCCAGAGUGAAAACGUGGCCGGGGUCUUCAAGGAGCAUUGCCUCGAGCAUAGUGUUUGAGGACAUUAUCAUGGACAAUGUCUCAAACCCGAUAAUCAUAGACCAGGAAUACUGCCCUUCGGGUACCUGCAAGACUCACAAGCCCUCACAAGUGAAGAUUAGCAACUUGCUCUUCAAGAACAUCAGUGGCACUUACACCUCCAAGUAUGCAGUGUCCCUGCUGUGCAGCCGUGCGGUUGCUUGCGAAAACAUCUCGCUUUUCAACAUCGAUUUGAGCUCCAACUCGAGCGAAACUGCUCGGACCGGCGGGUUGAAUAUCGAGGGGAGCAUUGAGAGUCUUGAGAUAUUCAAUUCUGAUUUUUAG